AUGAAGGGCAAGCUUCAGGAUUGGGCGCUUUCAGUGCAAGCAUUCGCCAAAGCAAAGAACAAGGAGGAGAAAAAAGCAGUCUUUUUGGAAGCAUGGUUCACCAAAUUCAAGCUUCCAUCGUUGGUGGGUGAAUCGAACGGCUGUUCCAGCACAUCUUCCUCUAGCAAGUCUGUGUCCGCAGAGAAGUCUGAGAAGCUCAGCAAGGUUCUCCACUUCCAGCCGCAGGUCAAUUCGAAAGAGGUGGGCCCUGAAGAACCAAAGCUCUAUGCAAAGAUCCUGAUUCUCCAAGAAGAGUGGCUGGAGGCCAUCCGCACCAAGGGCAAGACUCUAGAACUUAGGAAGUCUGUGAUUGAGUCAAAGGGGGAGGUGAUGUACCUGGCAGUGCAAGAUACAAUUCGUGCUCGAUGCAAGGUCUUGGAGCCCAUCACCAUAUGCACUCCGGAAGAGUUUUCCAUUCUGCGUCCAGCCCAUCUUUGCGGGACACCUCCCUACACUUUUCCUUUCUAUGGCCACUUGCUUUCAGAGGUGCAAUUCCUCUUCCCAAAGAAGUUCAACAAGCUGGACUCUUGCAUUGGUCGUUCACUUUACAGGCCAGUGGGCUUCUCUGAGGAAAAGAUUGCAUCCAUGGAAGCAGGAAUUGCUGCCGCUGAGGAAGCUAGCAAGAAGGCAAAGAGUAAGGAAAAGGAUCCAGGAGACCAGAAGGCAAAAGAAGGAAACAAAAGCAGCAAGAAGCCAAAAGCGGGAAAAGAGAUCAAGGAAUGUGGCGAGGCCACAAAAGAUCUGAAAGCAAAAGGCAAGAAAAGCGGCAGUUCUCCAGGAGCUGCCGAAGAGAUCAAGAAAAGUGGUGGGCAGCCAGAGGCGGAGAGCAAGGAAAAGCCUCCAAAGGGCAGUAGCAAACCAAAGAAAGAGUCCAGCAGGCUUUUGAAUUUGGCCCAGCCCAACCUUCUCCAGGGCAGCGCCAUUGAGGUUGUGAAUUCCAAAAACCAUCUGCAACCAGGAAAUGAUCGGUUGCAGAACAAGCUGGACUUUCUCAAGCGGAAAGACAAACAUGUGGAUAUCAACAUUUCUGGUGGAGUGCUGGCUCAUUUGAACAAUAUUGCUUUCGCCAAAGCGGCAGACAUGAUCACAGUGUCAUACUUUCUGGGUGGCAUGGAUGAGAAGAAAAGUGUAAUCCACGUGAAAGGCUGCUGGUGUCCAAAUGUCUUGAAAGAAGAAGGGCCAUACAAGCCGAUGUGGGACGAUGAUGAAUUGCAAACGUUGUGUACCCAGAAGGGGGACAUUGUGGUGGGGUGCUGCCUGGUCAAGCCUUGUCUUGAAGAUGAGACCAGAUUUUGCCAGGAAGAGUUCCAAUUCACCAAGGCCCACCAGGAAGCAUGUUUUUCUUCCUUUUUCACUGGCGUGGUUGGAAAAGACAAAAGGGCUUCCUUCUACCGUCUGACAGAGAUUGGGCUAGAAGCUGGGCCAGGUGAGCAAAAUGCUUGCAGCCAAGAGCAAGUCAUUCAGCUGGAGCCCCAUGUUCAUUGGACAGGGCAGCCAUCCUUGUAUUACGCUGUAGAUGGUGUGGGAGGACAAUCCUCAACAUCCAAAAUUGCAGAAGCUGCGCGGCAGGAUAUAGUGAAGACCAGUGCACCCAAGAAAGGACCCCUGAAGAGAUUGGCUGAGCAAGUUGAAAGGCGUGGGCUUCCAGUGGCAUGCCAUGAUGCGGAAGCUGUUUCUCGUUUGCAGGAGUCUUCCAAGCAGGUGGGUGCAUUUGCUCAGUUUCUAUGCGAACGCAUGCAGGACUUUGGCCAACAGAAGAUCAGUAAAGAAGAAUUUGACCAAUCUUUGGAAGACUUGCCGUUUGCCAGGAUUGAGCUGCAAAAAGCACAGAUUCUUGCUUUCCCAACAGACAUUCCAUCCGCUGCUAAACUGUUGAGCGAUGCGCACAAGAUCCAGAACCAUCUUGAUGUCCGAGCUGUGAAGAGGAGGACCAACCAAGGACAUUCACUGGACGGGGCGAAAUGGAAGAGAAAGGCAUCCUCUCAAGCUUCAUCCACAACCUCCAAAUCCAGGCGAGUGGAACCUUCUUCGUCUCCUGCUUCCUACCCUGGGCCAUCUACCUCGGCAAGUUCACCUAAUCCAGAAGCAGACAGCUCUGACACCGUUGGCACCCAGGCUAUGGAUGGUGGGAAUCUUUUGGCCGCAGCAGAUGGUCAGUGCGUGCCAUAUGACGAGGAUGAGCCAUCUGACCACAACCACGGUGGUGAUCCUUCUGAUGAGGAGGGCGAGGGGGAUGCUCCAGCGCGGAAGCGCGGAGGUGCAGCCACCAGGACCAGGGUUACCAUUUAUGACAAGAUGCUGGCCAUUCGUGAGCUCGACCGGCUGGUGGAAGAAGGCCACAAACAUGGAUUGGAGAAAAGAGUGAUGGCCACCUUCCCCAAGAUCUUCCGCAAUUCCAAGGGCGGGUUCAAAAGCGGCAUGUUAGGCCGUUGGCUUCAUCAGUGCGAUGAGCAGGGCUGGCGCCAUAUACCAUGGGACAAGCUCAGUGAAGCAGACCGUUCUGCCAAGGAGAUGCCUGACUGGAUGAGAAUUCCAAUGGGCAAGCCGGCCCGUAGCAUGCAAAGAUUCAAACUGGGUAAGAACAUUCCUGCUGUGGUCACUCAGCAGGUGAUUUCUUAUGUGGAGAAGGUCACAACUGGAGGAGAUUCUUCAAAGCUGACUGCAGGGAAGCUUGAUACGAAGGCAAUCAAAGCAGAAGCUCAGCGGCUCCUUCAGGCCUAUGCAGAAGCCCAAAAGCAAGCAGCAGAUGAGAAAGGCAUUGCGUGCCCUCCUUGCAAGCUCUCAGUGACCACAAAGUGGGCCAACAAGCUGCUUCAGCACCAUGGAUGGGUCCGCAGAACCCCCAAUACCUUUGGAGCAUACUUGGACUAUGAUGAUGAAAGAAUGGCCAAAAGCAGAAAAGCUUGGGAAAUGCUGAGGCGAGCGCAAGUCAUGAAUCAGCUGGCCCAAAUGCAGGGCAAGAGGGAUCCCAGAGCAGACAACGUGAACCAAAGCAGACACAGUAUGACGAUCGUGACCAGUCUCUGGGGUUCAGGGGAGGCUGGGCCUUUGACACUGGUGAUCCCCACUGGCUUCCUCAACAACAAGGAGCAGCUUGAGAUCCAGAAGAAGUUUCCAGAUGUGUAUGUCAUUUGCACCAACCGUGCCAGCCACUUCAUGACAGCAGACACCGUGGUGACCUUCCUCGAUUCUUGUUUGGCUGAUGCUUUUGCCAAGCGCCGUGCAGUGCUCUCAGAACGCUAUCAACGUGAUUUCAGCAAUGAAUGGGGAGCUUUGCUUGCUGAUGCCUUCUCAGGCCAUCACGCAGCGUCCCAGGGCACAGACAUUCAGCGAGAACUGUUCCAGUCUACAGCCAAAGUCUUGUUGCCAGACCGACAACCCGGCGGCUGGAGUGCCAGAGGGCAGCCAUGUGACGCAGUUCAUUCCUUGCUGAGACGCUACAUGGGAGUAUACAAUGAGACUACUCUUGGCUACAGAGGGAAUUUGAUGGAGCGGGCUACAGAGGCACCACUGUUGAUGAGUAAUGGGAAUCGGCAUUUGACUAUCUCUCAUUUUGAUUCUGCUUUGGCUGCAAUUUAUGGGUGGCGGCGGUUGUCCAAGCGGAAGAAGAUGAUCAGGUGGGCAUGGCUCUCACGAGGUAUGGCCAGCAAAGAAGAGAUGGCAAAGUUUUCUCCAGACAGCACCAAUCCUGAAGAACUCACCGCUGAAAUGGCGUCCUGCGAGGAAGAGGCUGCAGAUUUGGAGAUGGAAGAGCCUAUUGAGGAAGUGUACCAGGGGCCUGAUGUCAACAGAACAACCUUUUUGUGGCAAAUCGAAGGAAUCCCAGAUGAGACACAAGAGGAGUGGGAAGAUGGUCUGGAAUGGCGGUGCCUUCCAGCGCAUUGGCAAGCUAUCUUGAAUACCCGCCUUGCACAACAUAGAUCUCGAGUUCAAGACACAGAAGCUCUUUACAAGCACAGGCUCGAGAAGUUUGGAGAGUCAGACAUCAAGACAAAGAAUGCGAACAACAAAUACCAGGCUGCACUUUCUGGGGAAGGCUCAGUGAGCGUGAUCCUUAUGCUCAAGGGUUCUGGCAAGGAAGCCAGCCAGGAAAUCUACAAGCGGUCAGUCCAGAAUGACAAGGGCACUCUCAAGGUUGCUUUGUCAAACAAGUGUGAUGGGUACAAGCUCGAUGUGGAGUCCAUGACUUUGACCACGAUUUCAGAGCCUGCCAUUUCAAGGAAAUUGCGGGUGGUUUCUGUCACUGGUCGGAGCUCAGAGAUUCAGGAGAUCCGCUUGCACUUGAAUGCUCUGUCUUUGCAAACCUCCAAUGUCCUGGGCGCUUUCCGGUCCACAGGUUCUGGCGCAGCUGCAUGUGCCGCAGCUGGCUCCGCAGAUGCUCCUGGAGAUGAUGCGAAUGCAGAGGAUGAAGGUCAAAACGAGGCCGCUGAUGAGGCCGGGUGCUGCUAUGAAAAGAGUUCCCUUUGUUAUUCGGUUACUUUCCAUGACAUAUUUAUUGUGGCAUUUGGGUGGAAGACCCCAGUAAGCAGAUGCAAAGACUUUUGUUCAUUUAUUAGGAAAAAUAUGCAUUGGCAAAUUCCAUAA